AUGGUGAAUGUUUCUGAGUUGGCUUUGUUUCAUUUAACAUUAAAUAUAGAAAUAUUUUCUUUGUUUCCAUAUUGCUUUCACAACUUUUAAUGGCUUCCUAAUAUUCCAUUGGAUGAAUAUAAUAACUUUUCCUUUUUUAAAAUUUGUUUUUGUCCUUGGCCUUUUCUGUAAAAUAGAUAAUGCUGUAGUAAACCUCUUUGUACAUCUAGCUGGAUAUCUUUGGUUAGAUCACUUUCUUAAGCUAUAUUCCCCAAAAUGAUGCUGCCCUUGUUGAUGGGGAGGUUUGCACACCUUGCCUGUAUUCAUUCAGUCCAGACUCCCAACCACACUAAAAGGUAGAUGCUAUUACCCUCAUUUUACAGAUGGGUAACCAAAAGCACAGAGAGAGAAAUUAACUUGCUUAAGUCACAGAGCCAAGAAGUUGUGUUAUUGGGACUAUAGCCAAGGUAAUCUGGGUCUUCCAAGGUCCCUGUCCAUAGCCGCUCUUGUGUAUUGGGAGCAAACUUGUCUUUCUGGGUGAGGUCAGCUUAUGGAAGAGUGCAAGACAUGCCUACAGUGCCCGAGGAGGUCGACCAUGCUUUCCUUGGCUCCCAAAGUACGAGGUUCUAUGUAGGCCACUGAGCAUAUGGCUCUUUGAGGCAGAUCAAAUCUGCUGCUGGUAAAUUGCCUGGCGCUGCAAAUGAACUCUUUCCAGGGGAACAUGCCACGGUUUGCGUAAAGAGCCACAUUGCCAAAGUACCGCAUGCAGUGAGAUCCUCUGAAACUUGUCCUGGAUCUCCAAAUGGCCUUGCAUUUUUGUUCUGAUAUUAUUUUUAAAUACAUGCACCUGCAGGAAUGCACACUUAUGUCUCUGGGGACAGUGGCCUUUUCUGCCAGCUCUGAAGUUCUAGGGAUGGUCAUUGUCACUUUCUGUGUGUUUGCUCCAGGUGGACUCAGCAGUUUUAAGCAGAACCAUGAAAACCUCUGUGACAACUCCCUCCAGCUCCAAGAAUGCCGAGAGGUGGGGAGCGGUGCAUCUGCAGCCUCGAGCAUGCUACCUCAGUCCAUCCCCACCACCCCUGACAUCGAGAAUGCAGAGCUGACGCCCAUCUUGCCCUUCCUGUUCCUUGGCAAUGAGCAGGAUGCUCAGGACCUGGACACGAUGCAGCGGCUGAACAUCGGCUACGUCAUCAAUGUCACCACUCACCUGCCCCUCUACCACUAUGAGAAAGGCCUGUUCAACUACAAGAGGCUGCCGGCUACUGACAGUAACAAGCAGAACCUGCGGCAAUACUUUGAAGAGGCAUUUGAGUUCAUCGAGGAAGCUCACCAGUGUGGGAAAGGGCUUCUCAUCCAUUGCCAGGCGGGGGUGUCCCGUUCUGCCACCAUCGUCAUCGCGUACUUGAUGAAGCACACUCGGAUGACCAUGACUGAUGCUUAUAAAUUUGUCAAAGGCAAACGACCAAUUAUUUCCCCAAAUCUUAACUUCAUGGGGCAAUUACUGGAGUUUGAGGAAGACCUGAACAACGGUGUGACACCACGAAUCCUUACACCAAAGCUGAUGGGCGUGGAAACGGUCGUCUGACAAAAGUCUGGAUGGAAAGGAUUACUCGUCUCCAUUAAGAGACGAAGAGAAAGAAGGAUGGAUUCUUUCUUUUUUUCCUUUUUCUUUCUUCUUCUUUUUUUUAGAUGGGGGUAAAGUUUGUGAAUGGAAACAAAACUUGUUUAAAAACUUCUUAUUUUUCACAAGUGUGAGAAGAAUUUAUCUUUUGAUGCCGUUGAGAUUUCCUUCCCAUGAACUGAUAAAGCAGGGAGGCUAAAGGAGUAAUUUUUUUAAGCCAACAAUAAAAAUAUAAUAAAACUUGUUUCUUCCCCUUUUCCUUUUAAGCUAUUUGUAGAGUUUAUGAUUAAAUAGUCUGUGCAGGUUCAUAGACCGAAGAUACUACAACUUACACAAGUUAAAAAGAACCAAAAGUAAGAGACAGAAAAGACAUUGAAUCACGAAGGCCCAAGAGCUGCCUGGGCUGUCCACACAGGAAACAAAAACCCAACCCAACCAAGCCCUGUUGUACUCACUGGUGCAAAGAGAAAAUCAGGGCAGCUUAAGUGGUCUAAGAACCCUUCACAUUCUUUAAAGAGACAAAAGAUACUGUUGAUUUUGUGUGUUUCAUACUCGGGAUUAUUUUCCCCCCCCUCUGGGUUUAAGAGAUUUUUUUUUGAAAUAGCGAGGAACUGACCAUUAUACCAUAUGCCUUCACUGGCUUCUUGUGCAAUAAUACGGUGUUUUGAGUGUGCAAACAAGUUAGAGCUGGCAGCCGAAUAAUAGGCAAAUAGUGCAAAUUUGCCAGCUUGGAGAUCGAAAGGAAUUCAAUAAAAAUCAAUUACUUUCCUUCCCACCUUUUUCCUUUAAUUUUUUUUUUUUUUGAUUUGAUUCUGGUUACAGUGCCAUAAACCUUGUUACAUAUGUACAUCAGACUGUAAAAAAAAAAAAAAAGACAAAAAUUUAUUUAAAAAUAUUUUUCGCAGAAAAAAAAAAACCAACUUGAUGUGUUUCUGUUGAUUGUGUAAAAAUUUAUUUUCAUUAUAUAAAUGAAACUCAUUUUGG